AUGCUGCAGAGAGAAGAGGGAGCUACAGUCCAGAUGCUGCAGAGAGAAGAGGGAGCUACAGUCCUGAUGCUGCAGAGAGAAGAGGGAGCUACAGUCCUGAUGCUGCAGAGAGAAGAGGGAGCUACAGUCCAGAUGCUGCAGAGAGAAGAGGGAGCUACAGUCCUGAGGCUGCAGAGAGAAGAGGGAGCUACAGUCCUGAGGCUGCAGAGAGAAGAGGGAGCUACAGUCCAGAUGCUGCAGAGAGAAGAGGGAGCUACAGUCCUGAUGCUGCAGAGAGAAGAGGGAGCUACAGUCCAGAUGCUGCAGAGAGAAGAGGGAGCUACAGUCCAGAUGCUGCAGAGAGAAGAGGGAGCUACAGUCCUGAUGCUGCAGAGAGAAGAGGGAGCUACAGUCCUGAUGCUGCAGAGAGAAGAGGGAGCUACAGUCCUGAUGCUGCAGAGAGAAGAGGGAGCUACUGUCCUGAGGCUGCAGAGAGAAGAGGGGCUACAGUCCUGA